CGUGGCCAAUAAGUACUUAUGUGUCGUUAAUGAAUAGGAAGGUAUUUAUGUACGUAUUACCUAUACAGCAUGCGGCACCUAUGCCUUGUAUGCAGUAUGUAGUCUCACUUAUGAAUACGUGCUUACACGGCCAUUUUUUUGUGCUACCGCGCUAUAGUAGUACCUACUAUUUUAAGUAUAUUUACACUGAAACUGCUUUGCCUCUCUAGUCUGCCUAGAUUUCUGAAAAAACAGACAGAAUAAAAUAUCAUUAUUAACUACAGUUUUUAAUCGUAUAUAAAUCUCAUAUAGUGAGCGUCGUGUUCUAAUCUCCAUCAAUUGUGAAAAAGUAAUUAGAAAAGGACACCACUAUAAUGUUUCAAUCCAUUUACACAUCACCCACACUACCCUACCGAAAGCGUGCAAACAUCCCGACAAAAUAACCAAUGGGAUUGAGGAAGAUCCGAAGAGCAAGUCAACGAUAGUGUUUUAUCGUAUAAAUGUGUGCGUGUUAUUUUUUGACGAGCGAGCUGCGUUUGAACGAGGCAUCAUCAAUGAACGAACCGCCGUGGUCGAGUCGAGUGAGUUAUCAAGUAACUGGCUGGAUGUGAUAUUGUGUGACUAGCCCGAUACGCUUUUGUAAACGAAAAUCGUUUAAUCGAUAAGUAAUUUUGUUUCAUUAUUAUUUAUACUUUCGGGUUUUGUGUUUAAGUCAAGCAGUGUUGAACGAUUUUAUAACUAAUCGCCUGGUCCUAAUGCGGAAUACAAUAAUGGCAGUGUACUAGUGAAUUUUACUAUCUUAACAUUUUAGGAGCCAUUUACACAUGGCGAGAAGUCACGUAGACUUUUACUCCGAUUGAAAUGUUUCAUGUACUUUCGUAAGAGACUUAUUUUGAAAUAUACAUAAGCGUAGCUCGUGGCGUUACGUUAGUACUUAGUGAAAAUGGAUAGCAAGAAUAUACAAAAGAAUGCCAUGCACAAAAGUGCAGAAUUUACUUUCACUCCACCUCCUGAAGCACCAGUGUUUGAACCGACACCCGAAGAGUUCUUAGAUCCUCUCGGAUAUAUAGCAAAAAUUCGCCCAGUUGCGGAGAGGACAGGCAUCUGCAAAAUAAAGCCUCCAUCGCGCUGGCAGCCACCAUUUUCAUUAGAUGUGGACAAAUUAAAAUUUGUUCCUAGGAUACAAAAAGUAAACGAGUUAGAAGCUAUAACGCGCCUCAAACUUAUAUUCCUCGAGAAAAUUUUAAAGUUUUGGGAACUACAAGGAUCUCCAUUAAAAAUCCCUAUGAUUGAAAACAAAUCAUUAGAUUUGUAUUGUCUAAAAUUUUGGGUCGAUGAGGAGGGCGGCUUUGAGGCAUGUAACAAUCCAAAAAAAUGGCGUAAAAUUGCUAACGCCAUGGGUUACAGUUUUCAUGCGAAUACAUUGGCUUUUUUAAAAAGCAAUUAUGAAAAAAUCCUUCUCCCUUACGAAAUUUUUGAGAAAAGUAAAGCAGACAUAUUGAAAACUGUAAAAAAGACUGAACCUAAAAUUGAAAUAAAAGAUGAUGAUGUAGGUAAGCCUCAAAUAACAGAAGUACCAAUAGAAAGAAUAACGAAAAUUAAAACAGACUACGAUUUUAAGGAAGAGAAACCUCACACAAGUAUUAAGAAAACAAAGACAGGAUCUGAUAUUAAACAGGAUGUGGACAACUCUAAGAAUAAAACAGAUACCGAAAAAGUGACACCAAACAGAGAACUGAGAAGGUUAGCCUGCUAUGGACCGGGGCCAAAAAUGCCUGGAUUAAAUGAUGAAGAAUUUGAUAUUACAAAAUCUAGGAAGAGACCUCGCUAUGAUCUUGAUCCACUAGCAGUAUAUCAGUGUGCUAUCUGCCAGAAAGAUAAUAGAGAUGAUUUGCUCUUGAUUUGUAAUGGAUGUUCUGAUACCUAUCAUACAUUUUGUUUAAGACCACCAUUGAAUGCUGUACCAGAUGGGGAUUGGCGUUGCCCUUGUUGUAUCGCUGAGGAAGUUCAUAAACCUGCUGAAGCAUUUGGCUUUGCUCAGGCAGAAAGAGAAUAUACUUUGCAACAGUUUGGGGAAAUGGCAGACAAAUUUAAAUCUGAUUACUUUGCUAUGUCUGGACAUCUUGUACCAACAACAGUUGCUGAAAAAGAAUUUUGGAGAAUAAUUUCUUCAGUGGAAGAAGAUGUUACUGUAGAGUAUGGUGCUGAUUUACAUUCCAUGGACCAUGGAUCAGGUUUUCCUACAAAAUCUUCAAUAAAUCUUUAUCCUGGUGACCAAGAAUAUGUAGAUUCGGGGUGGAAUCUAAACAAUUUACCUGUUCUGGAUGGUUCAGUCUUACGAUUUAUAAAUGCAGAUAUAUCUGGAAUGACAGUACCAUGGAUGUAUGUUGGAAUGUGCUUCUCGGCAUUUUGCUGGCAUAAUGAAGAUCAUUGGAGCUACUCCAUUAAUUACUUACAUUGGGGUGAGGCUAAAACUUGGUAUGGAGUGCCAGGCAGUGGUGCAGAGUUAUUGGAAACCGCUAUGAAGGCAGCAGCUCCUGAACUUUUCAAAUCACAGCCUGAUUUGUUACACCAACUAGUAACAAUUAUGAAUCCAAAUAUCUUAAUGGCUGCAGGUGUACCAAUUUAUAGAACUGAUCAACAUGCUGGUGAGUUUGUAGUCACCUUUCCCAGGGCAUAUCAUGCAGGUUUUAAUCAAGGAUACAAUUUUGCUGAAGCUGUAAAUUUUGCGCCUCCUGACUGGCUAAAGAUUGGACGUGAGUGUAUAACCCAUUACAAAAAUCUAAAACGUUUCUGUGUCUUUUCUCAUGAUGAACUUAUUUGUAAAAUGGCUUUAGAAGGAGAUCGGCUAGAUUUGGAAACAGCUCUGGAAACACAAAAAGAAUUAGUAAAGGCUACCGCUGAAGAAGGUUCUUUGAGAGCUAAAAUGUUGAAAAAAGGUCUUACAAGAACUCACAGAACUGCAUUUGAGUUGUUAGGUGAUGAUGAACGACUUUGUGAAGUAUGUAAAACAACAUGUUUCUUAUCUUCUAUGUCGUGUAUGGAUUGUAAGCAUAUGGUAUGUUUGCAACAUGCAGAUGAUUUAUGUCAAUGCCCAAUGGACAAGAAGACAUUAAACUUUCGAUAUGAUAUGGAUGAAUUACAUAUCAUGUUGCAAACCAUAGAUUUUAGAGUCAAUAGUUUCGACAAGUGGAUGACUGAAACAAAGAACAUACUGCUUCCUACUGCUCCUGACAUUGGGCGACUGCAAAAGCUAAAAAUUUUAAUAGAUGAAGCUGAGGAACUUAAAAUACCAAAGUGUGGUUUAUUAGCACAACUAAAGGACGAGUAUACAAAGGCAACAGAAAAUGUUGAACCAAUUGUUAUAGAACUAGAUGAUGAUUGAAUAAGGUUCAGAAUUGUUUAGUACAAACAUAUGCCCAUUGUUAAUUUUGAAAUAUUAACCUGAUUAAUUGUAUCCUACGUCAUUAUCACAUCUAUUUUACUGAUCACAUUAAGGCAGCUUUAAAUGUAGUGGAUAGAUUAUAAUAUUAUUUAAAUAUCCUGAUAUUUGUUUUAUCUUUUUACUUAAUAACUUAAACCAUUUUCAAGCUUGUUUAACAACUUAAUACAAAUAGAUUAAAGCUUUGAAAAUUAAAUUCAAUGAUCAUUCUUAAUUUAUAUGAAGUAUUUCUAUGAAUAUAAUGUAUAUUUGAGACAUGUUAUUAAGGUGUUUAAUAAUUCUGUAAAUAUUACAAGCUUUUCCAUUUCUUGUCAUAUCUAAGUAGGCACGUCUUAUUAUUAUAGUGAUUUCCCACCGUAUCAUAAUAAAUAAGAUUUUGAAAUAUUUUUAAGUUAUCAACUGAUGGUUAUUUUCUUUUUGUACUAAUUAAUGAUAAGAAAUUAUUGAUACUUUGUGAGUCAAAUCCAUUUGGGCGACUAUGCUAUAUAUAAUGUACAAGUUCAGUUUUGUUAGAGUAACUAUAAACUCUCAAGUGAGUUAUUUGGGUAAAUAUUCACAUAUUAAGUUCAAAAAAAUUGUAACAUUACAAUUUCAGUAAAGUUGGACAAAGUAUGUGUUAAUUUUAAUAAAUUAGCUUUGGGUCUUAAUUAUGGUCAAUAGAUUAGUAAGCGCAGAGAGUUAUUGUUAACAAUUAUGAUAGCUGAAUCUAUACUUACAUUGAAUAAUUGAGUUAUAAUUUCAGUUGACUAUUCUUGGGAGUCUUUGACUUAUUGAUCUCAAUAACAACAGCAUUACAAAUAUGCUGACAAAAGCUUUAUAAGGGAAACUUUCUACCUAGCAUGUUCAAAUUUCAUAUUAAAAUUGUAUAAGUUAUAAUAUUGAGUAAUCUGUAUCUAUAAAAUGUAAUAAUUGAACAGUAUACAUAAUAUUUAUGUUAAUACAUCACACACUAAAGAUAAUUGUAUUGUGAAUGUAAUUUUUAAGUGUAUGUGUGUUAUUAUCAGGUAAAUCAAUAUAUGAAUGAAAAUUUAUUGUAAUGUGCACAAUGUGCAAUGUUUUCUCAAAAAAAUGGGGUAUUAGCUUACCUAAUACUUGUAGAUUACUUACUUAGUAUGUAAUUUCUAUGGGUAAAUAUUAGGUAUAACAGAACUGGGGCUGCAGUUCAUACUUAAUGUACAGAGCCUUAUAGAUAAUACAGUUUGUAUGAAGACAUUUUUCCCCACAUUUGGUAGAUUUACUUGUUUAGCUAUUCAUAUCUAGUUAUAGAACAUAAUUGAUCUAGAAAUUGUAUGAAAGGAAAUGUGACUCAUAAACAAUAGUGCUAGGUACCUAAAAUUAUUUAACAGGCUAUGAAGUAUUUAAAGGGUGUUUAUUUCUGUUAAGAAAAUAGCCAAAUUUGAUAUUUAUUAUAGUUUAUUAAGGUUCAAUUAUAGACUUUCCAGCAAUAAAUGUGACCAUCAUUUUGUUCUUAGUAUUAGUUUAUGCCAAAUUCAGGUAUUUCAUUUAAUUCUAAGUUUAUUUUGAGUGUAUUAUGUUUGUUUAUAAUCAAUGCUUAAAUAUAUAUUGCCAUGUCCAUUGUUUAUUACAUUAUUAUGUUACUAAAAGUGAAUGACACUUUCUAUCUCAUAAAGACAAAAAUCUUUUAGUGGAACAUAAUGAUGGUCAUGUUUAUUUGUUUUGAAUUAAUCUUAGCCCACAAUGAUUAAAAUACUUGGCAUCAUUGAGUAAUUUAGCCAAGUAAUAUUGAUGAAAUGUGGUAUCAUGAUCCUUGUAAUGUCGUUUGAAGGCUAACUGUAAUGAUUCGCCAUUAUUUUGACUGACUGCAUGUAUUCAUAGGUAUUUAAUUCUAUUAUGUUUAGGCUUAUCAUUGAAUAAUCACUUGAAUGUAACUAUAGUGAAAUAUUUUUGAGUUGUGUGAUUAAAACUGUGAUUCCAAAUUUUAUUUGCUUCUGACACUUAUGGAAAAUAAUUAAGAGUGUGAGUAUUAUUCAAUAUAGCUAAAAUUAAUUAAAUUCUUAUAUUAUUAAUA